AUGCCCGAGUUUAUCAGCGUGACCUUCCCGAACGCCUCAACCGAACUCAACCCCAUCCCCAACGCAUCCAUUGAUCCCGAAUACCUCAUUCGCUAUGCCCGCACUCUAGAUGACUACGGAUAUAACUAUACCCUGGUGCCAUAUGACUCGUCCUCAUAUGAUCCCUUCACCAUCGGCGCAACCAUUCUAUCGGCGACCAAAAACAUCAAGAUCAUCAUCGCCCUCCGCCCAAACACCCUGUACCCCACAGUGGCAGCCAAGGCCCUAGCAACCCUCUCCCAACUAGGAUCCGGUCGCGUCGUCGUCCACUUCAUCGCCGGCGGAAGCGACGCAGAGCAAGCCAAAGAAGGAGACUUCCUAACGAAAGACCAGCGCUACGGAAGGCUAGAAGAGUAUAUCCGGAUUUUGCGGCGCGCCUGGGACUCCGACGAGCCCUUCGAUUGGGAAGGCCAGUACUAUCAAUUCAAGCAAUUCAGCAACAGAGUCCGACCGACCGCCAAGAUCGAAGUUUCAGUCGGCGGCUCCUCAGACGAGGCGUAUCGCAUCGGAGGCUCACUGGGUGAUAUCUUCGGGUUGUGGGGCGAGCCGUUGAAGGAGACUAAGGAGCAGAUUGAUCGCAUUUAUGCGGAGGCUGCCAAGGCCGGUCGUGCGGACUCCGACAGACCUCGUAUCUGGGUGACGUUCCGUCCUAUCCUCGCCGAGACGGAUGAGCUUGCUUGGGCAAAGGCUCAUCGCACGCUGGAUGCGUUGACUACGCACCGCGCGAAUGGUCAGGGCAAGGUCCCUGCUAAUGCGCCGCCACCUCAGAAUGUAGGCUCGCAGCGUCUGCUUGAUAUUGCGGCUCGUGGGGAGGUCCAGGAUCGGGCACUUUGGUAUCCUACUGUUACCGCGACGAAUGCGCGGGGUGCGUCUACUGCUCUGGUGGGUUCGCCGCAGACUAUCACCGAUUCGCUUCUUGACUAUGUUGAUUUGGGCGCGGAUCUGAUCUCGGUCCGUGGUUAUGAUAAUCUGAAUGAUGCUAUUGAUUAUGGCCGCUUCGUGCUUCCCAAGGUGCGUCAGGCAUUGGAAGAGCGGAAGAAGGAGGCUUCGGCUUGA